GUGAAAGUGAAACCAGAAACUUUGAUGCUGACUUUUGAUUAUUUUUCAAAGAACAAAACAGCCAAUGAGAAAGUUCAAACUCGACCAACGUCAUUUUUCAUUUCCACCAAUGGUGAACCUCUGACUCAUGACGGGCUGCUUCUAAAAAAACUUCUGUUCACUCCCGAGACUUCUGAAAACGGUUACACAGCUGAAGAGACUCCACAGCCGGUCCACAAUGAAUGAGCACAAAACCAUCGUUUUCUUUGACCUGAAGACCACUGACGGGAACAGUAAAUACUGUCACAUCAUCCAGUUGUCGGCCGUCCGUGGAGCGAACAUCUUUGAUGAGUACGUCUUCCCCCUCCGCCCGAUCUCUCCAAUGACCCAGAGAUUAAACGGGUUCACCAUCAGUGAUGGGUGCCUGGUUCACCACGGGGAGUUUGUGCAGACGGUCUCUCCUUCUAAAGCCCUCUCCUCCUUUAUCGACUUCCUGAGCGACUUUCGCCGCCCUGUGCUGCUGGCCGCCCACAGUGCAAAGCGGUUUGAUGUACCCAUUCUCAAAAGACUGCUGCGAUGGUUCAACCUGGAAUGGAGGUUCUGGAGGGUGGUGUCUGGGUUUCUGGACACCUUGGAGCUAAGCAGGAGCCUCUAUCCUAAUCUGAACGGUUAUUCUCAGCCGGAACUGGCCAAACUCUUCCUGGGAUACGACUACGAUGACUACGGUCCCCACGGUGCAGUGGAGGACGCCACGGUGCUGCAGGACCUGUUCUACUGGUGGACCUCCAACAGAUGGAACUUCGUCACCUUUCAGUAAAGGAGGGACAACCAGAGAGGGACAGUAGAACCACAACCUCUGUCCCAGUCUCCACGACAAAGCAAAUCAAAAAGAACGGCAUGCACUUCUAAAUUAAAUGGAGCUACAUCGUCCACUGGACGCUGUGGAAAGAUAAAUGUUGCAGUGUUUCCCCUGCGAGGUUAGAGGAACGGCAGGUCCCCCGCCAAGGACACUCACGGCUAAAACAAAAUGUUCCAACGGCCCAAAAUAACAAAAUAACCAAUUGUUAGAGUUCUUUUUUUUUUUGCAGAACAGAUGAGAGGAGAGUAAAUGUCCUUUUGACUAUUUAUUUAAGACAAUAAUGGAAGAGUAAAUGAUGUACAUCGACCUUCUCUGUUCAGAAAUCACAGGCUGCUAAGCAGUUAGCUGUAACCACCUCCCAGAAAAGGAUGCCUAACUUACUUUUACACAGAGUUUUAUAAUGUAAAUGUGCGGCUAUCUGAUUGGUUAAAACUGUUGGGGCAGCACCAUGGUUUAGACUCGGUCCGCCCAUUACGUUGGCACACAGGCUAUAGUCCUAGCCUCUUGGUGCUUCAGCUUCCUGUCACCACCUUGUGGAAGGAAAAAAAACUCCACUUCUGUAUCUUGUCUAGUGUUGGUCAGUGGCUGUCUCCACCUGGGCCCGUGGCCUUGAAUUGGAGCACAAAGAGUGCUUCAGUUUUUUAUCUGCUUGCCCUCAAAUUAUUUGGCGAUGUGCAAAGCGUUAUCAGUGUGUCCUUUCUUUCGAUACUCCUUAUUUCUGUGUGCUGUGCCUGGCAUAUAAAUGUGUUUUAUAAAUGUGUCUAAGCAGCAUUCUUGCUAAAAGUCAUAAUGUGAUUAUUGCUAUUUUUAUUAAUCCCUAACACCAAGCAUCCAUUCGGAAAUAAAUAAUGAUUUGCAGGAGCCUCUGUGCUCCAAGUCCAUGACUCCACAUGUUGAUAUUUUAUAUUUGUUCAGUUUACCAACUUGCCCUCCUCGGGCAUUUAAGGCCAUUUUGCUCUUCUUUUUUUUUUCAUUUGUUGAUCAUUUUGGCUGUGUUACAGCUUGAGGCAUGAAUUUUUGCAGGGACUUUUCUUUUUAGUAGCAUUUUUGAAAUUCAUUGUCAUUAACCCUUACAUGACUUUUAUACUCCAUUGGUGCAUUUACGACCCUCUGGUGACCCUCGUGGCCAAAAAAGGCCACGCACACACAACAACUGCUAUUAAAUCACCAUACAUCAAUAUUUUUUUCAGAUUUUUUUUCAUAAAUCUCUUAAACAACUUCAGACUUGUUAAAAACUACCAAACAUCAAAUUAUUUUCAGAAUUUUAACCAUUUAUAUGCCAGCUUAUAUAUUUGAAGUUUUCCAUAAUUUCCAAAAACACACAAAAAAAUGAAUUAUUUUCCAUAUGAUAAUUAAAAUAUGAUUAGUUGCAGAUUUAAGAGAUUAAAAGUGGCAAAUCUGCGCGAAAAAAGAUGCAGAUUUUCGAGAAA